GCAAAUGAGAACAGCUUCUGGUAAAGGCGUCAAGUCCGACGACAGCUACAAAAGGGAUCCCAGAGAACGUAUCAGGUAGGCCCCGUCGGACAUAACGCAACGUAAGCGGGGAAGCGGAUACCUACCUAGGUAGUUAACGCCAUGGUGGUAAUACACCUUGCCUACACGACGAUUGUCAAUCCUCCUGGUGCCCAAGCGAUCCUUAGCCAUGCUCAGGUCUGGGCUGGACUUGAGCGGAAAGCACGCGUACCACAGGACUUUGUGCCUGUCGUCGAGACCUGUGAGAUCCACUCGGAGACGGACAAUGUGAUCACUGCCACCGUCAUCUUCAAGGCCGAUAGUGCCGUGGCCCACGCCCGUACGAUCCGUGAGGUGUGCACUUUGAGCCCGCCGUGCCGGUUGGACUACGCCAUGGAAGACGGUAGCACGGCGACAAACAUCAUCAGCAUGGGCAAAGGCACAACCGGCGACAAUGAGCUGUUUCUGACCUUUAUAUUCGCGUGGGAGCAUCCCCAACUCGUCCAAGGUAGUGACGAAGCCAAGGAGGCCGAGGAUCAACAUAAAACGGUAGGUGGCCAGACUGACGCAUACCGCAAGUAAGGAAUUCGAUUCUAACCUAAUCAACUCCAGAUAACUGCUGCCGCGGUAUACUCGACUCUUCAAACCAUCAGAAACUUGGUGGAGAAAGGCCAACUCUGA